AUGUUUAGGCGGGCGACAGAUGAUCCAAUUAAACCAUGCUCCUGUGGUUUUGGUGACAUAAAAGCCAUUAUCAAACAUAACGGUCGACAACCCGGGUUUGAUUAUUGUCCUAAUAUCAACAAGUUGGAUAAUCACGUUGACUGUCCAUCUUUUAAUGCUGUGUGUCACGAGGAUGAGCCAUGUAAACCUUACUGGCGAUUGAUUAAGGGUUCUAUUAAACAAAUUCGUCAUUGGUGUUUGAUGGGAGAAAUCGAAGAAGUUAACUAUUUCAUUCGUCCUAAGUUAACAAUUCGUACCCGAUUCGAUGAGAAGGUUACAAUUCAUUUUUAUCUCGAGGAAGACAAAACUCCACCUACUUUCUCAUUUAACGAUGCAUUAAUCGGUCAUACGAUUUUGAUAAUGGAUGCUGAAAAGCAUGAUUUUCUCGACGGGAGCAUUGGUGUUCGACAAGAGUAUGGAGAUCUCGUAGUUAUUUUCAAAUGUUCUAUGCAAACACUCAUUAAAACUUUCGGAUCCAUGAUGGCUCCUCCAGCUUGCUUCCAAUGUGAAGCAAAACCAUCAAGUCCAACUCAAAACUCAUCUUUGGAGAAGAAGGAAAAUCCCGUUUCAGCGGACCUAUCUUCACAUGGCAAUCAAGAUUCACAACCAGCGUCAGCGAGCUCCUCACUGAAGAAGUCUGCGAGAUUCCAAAUAGCAUUCCAGUGUAGUAAACUAUGUUA